UUAUUUUUUACGACGAAAUGGCAGAUAACGUCUUGGAAAAAUGUCGCAUUGAACUGAGGGAUGGUUUGACCGAGGCUGUUAUCAAAAGUUUGUCGGAUGAUCUUCGGAAAGAAAAUGUGUUAGGCAAAGAGGAGAUUGAAGAAAUAUUGCAGAAGACCAAAACGCGAACUGAUCAAGCUCGUGAUCUGAUUGACAGCGUGGGGAAAAAAGGGCGGAAAGCAAGUGAAAUUCUGCUCAAAUGGUUGGAGAAAAGAGACAAGCAUUUUUACGAGUCCUUAAACAUAGACGGCUAUUCAGCAAUUCAGGAAGCAGGAGCGACCUCUAGUCACCUAUCAAUAACGGCAGAUAAACCAAACACCACGACUGAUGAGUACAAAAUGGACAGUAAUCCACGUGGACUUUGUGUAAUAAUUAAUAAUGAGAACUUUGAAGACUCUGGCAAAAAACGAAAUGGAUCCCAAAAAGAUGUUGAAAGACUGAAAGACUUGUUUAAAUAUUUGGGCUUUCUGGUUGAAAUCAAGGAAGAUCAGACCACAUCUGAAAUAAAACAGCUCAUGAUCAAUUACAGUAAGGAUCCCCGUCAUACAGACUGCUUUGUCUGUUGCGUAAUGAGUCAUGGAAACGAGACUGGUGUCGAGGGAUGUGAUGGGCAAAUAUGUCCCCUGAAUGACAUCACCUCCCCAUUUGAUGGAGACAACUGCACCUCUCUUAUUGGCAAACCUAAAGUCUUCUUUAUACAAGCAUGUAGAGGGCAUGAGAUGCAGAGUAAAGUGCUGGUUGCAGAUGGUUCUGGUUUCAGCCGUAUCCAGAUAUCUGGCACAAAAUACAGCAUUGCCAAAGAUUCUGAUUUUCUGAUUGCCAUGUCCACGGUGGAGGGAUAUUAUGCGAUUCGUCAUCCAAACAACGGAUCAUGGUUUAUACAGUCCCUUUGCAAGCAUUUAGAAGAUGGAAGUAAACGAGACCAGGACAUCUUGAGGAUCCUCACUAAAGUCAAUGAUGAAGUAAGCCGUAAGGAGGGCACUAUAAACAAAGACAACAAAGUAAUAGAUGCAAAGAUGACUCCUCAGCCCCAUUUCACUCUGAGAAAGCUUCUUGUUUUCAGAGCUCCGAAGGCUGCUGCUUCUAAAUAGAAGAAACCACCAUCAUCUUUCAGCUGCAGAAGAAGAAAAUCUUGCCAUUGACAUGCCAGAGAAAUUCAAUCAUGUACCACAUUUAACCAUGUAAACAAAAAGAAGGGAAUGGUUUUAUUGUUAAGUGUCAAGAAUAUGAAUUAUAAUAGGCCUAUAACGGUAUUGAUGUUUUUUUUUUUUUCAAUUAAAU